UCGAGCCCCUCGCCUCUUCAAUUCUGCAUCGUCAAAACCGAUCCCAGGGUUCGGCUCGAAUCGCGUCGGCAGGGCGGGUUAGGGUCUGGGGAUCCUGUUUAGAAGAAGAUUAGUUUAGGGCGAUGCGGCGGCAGAUGGAGGUAACAAGCGCAUGGACAGGUGAAAAGAAGACAAAGAUCCAAAGCACACCGACCUCUGCCUGUGGGGAUAUCGGAGAGGCCGAAGAGGAUGACGCUUCUGCCAUGAUUAUUGUCCAAGAAGGGCCGGAGCAACUCGAAGGCCUUGAUUGGGAUCAGGAUACGCUCGACGAGAAGAUUGAUUGGUAUCUUCAGCUUCAACAGUUGAACCGUCGCCUCCCUGAUAACGACGACGACGAUUUUUGGGUUCACUGUGAUGACAAGCAGCGCCGGGAGAUGAACCAACGGCUCGCCUUGUGCCGGAUCAGAGCUCAUAUGAUAAAGGAGGAACAUCGGGAAAUUGACGAUGCAAAUCUGAAAGCAAGAUACCCACCAAAUGUUCUUGAAGACAACGGGUACUUCAAGUUGUAUGAGAACAAAUUUGACUGGUACUUCGAUCCUCAAUACUGCAACUAUGCCCGCUUUCAAGACUACCAGCGGCUUAUGCUUCGUAAUAAUGGGGAGUAUGAGGAGUGGGAAGAUUACCGAAAAGCCUGUAGUACCCUUGAGGGUGACCAAGAAUUUGUCCAGUUAUGGGAAAAGUUACUAAGUAACACUAAGCGUUCAAAAAUUGAGAGUUUGGUCUUCUACCACAUGCCGAAGAUCACAGCAGAACUUUCCUACGUUUUUACGGAUCGAAUUCACUAUGGCUUCCCUGAAUUCAUGUGGAGCGUUCAGUUUGAUAAUACUUGGUAUAAAUACUUUGCUGGUUUCUAUUUUGGGAUUUGGAAGAGGGUUGCUAAACAGAAGUAUAACACCCACUUGGCUCACAUUGAUGAAAAGGCUGAAGAAGGUGUAGCUUAUCAGUUGAUCAUGGAGGCUGUCAAAAAAUUUAUUCCAAAACGGAAGACAUAUUACAAUUAUGCCAAAAAGAAGUUGGACAUUGCAAAAGAAAUCGGCUUAAUCCCCCUCGACCCCUACAAAAGUUCUACAUCUACUUGACAGAACAAUUCAGAGGUCACAGUACAUGAAGCAGGGGUGAGCCCGGUUAUUGCCAUGUAAAGGAUAAGAUCAUAAGAAACUGCUGGCAAUGGAAGUUUUUUUUUUCGAAAGAUGCUGGCAAUGGAAGUUGAUGUAUAAUUUCUACACUUGAUCCAGUGUUUACUUCGUUCCCAGUAUUAACUAAUGUUAGUAUGCUUACUAGAAAGGCCGCGCAGCCUUGCUGCGCGAGACCUGUAUUGUACCAUUUGAUUAUAUGUUCUGAAACUUUAUUUGAUAAAUGGGAGAAGAACGUAUUUAGGUUGGUACAUUCUUUAAUUUUUUAAGGUUC